AUGCGUGCCACACGGAUGUCCGUCGUGGACUUUUGGAAAAAUGAAACCAAAGGUGACGGUCUCAACGUUCGCGUCGCUCAUGGCGUGAACAGCUGGCCUGAUCUAGUGGAUCAACUACAUGAACCCUUUCUGAACAAGUCGAUGAUGAUCGAAGGGGACGUCUUCAUGCAAGCACACCGUCGACCACGUCAUCGAGCGGUUCCAGUGAUGAAGGCGGAUACCAAGAUCGCAGAUAGGAUUACCUUUAAAGAAUGGUUGAGAGAAGUGGCGAGUAUGCAUAAAGCCAUUAAAAUCAACUUCCGUUCUAAUGAAGUUGUCCGACCGGUGCUCCAGGAUCUCUACGCCAGUCAAGCCGAUCCAACAUCUCCUGUUCUACAGUACCCCGUGAUUCUCCAUGCGAAUGUGUUCAGAUCGCCCAGGAGUGUGGAGACCGAAGUCGACCCAACAACUUUUGUCGAGAAGGCAAAAGAUCUGUUCCCAGAUGCCACGUUAUCCUUGGGGUGGACCAAGCAGUCGGAUUUCAGUCAUUUGCACCCGAAGUAUAAGAAAUUGUCCUGGCGUCAACUAUUCCAUAUUCUGGAGUAUAUCAGUAGACUGGACCAGCCGGUGAUGUUAUCCGUGAGACUCUCUGUGGCUGCUCACUCCAAAGAGCAACUGUUAUGGUUGCUAGGAAUGGAUCAGUCGAUUAGUUUGCUCCUUUGGAGUGAUGCUGAUGACCAUGUUACUAACUGGACUCCUAUCAUAGAGCUUCGUCGCUCCACCACCAAAAAUCGAAUUCUCUAUGACCUGGACCCUAAGCACAGAAAGUUCUUGCAGACCGAGUCGAAUGAUCCAAUAGUGACCCCACCUACAUUCUCCCUACAAGACUGGCAAGCCGUGGAGUUUUCAUCUUCUGGAUCUCAACUUUCUACAGUAGUCCGAUCAGAGAAAGGACCCGCAUUCCUUGGAGAACCCACUGCACUUUUGCUCUCCAAAAUUCCACCUCCAAACUUCCCAUCAAAGCAGAAAAUCAGUGGAAAAGUACAUUUCCUGCCGAAGAAGGGAAUGGAAAAUGUGGAUUUGGAUGAGAAUAGUGGAGUGUCGAUUUAUCUAAUGGAUAAAGUUCAGGACAUUGAUUCUCCAAAAAUUAAAAACUCUUUAGAGGUAUUUAUCGGUUUCGAUGGAAAAAUCAAAAUCACAAAUGGCGAGCUGAAAAAUCUUCCUUACUACGAGACCAAGUCAAUCGGACAACUUCCGGAUAGCGAUUGCUAUGGUUUUGAGGUCACUGAUAUGGGAUGGAGAGUAACGUUGGAUGCAUGGACUACAGAAUGUGGAGAUCAGAAAACGAGGAGAAGGAGAACAGUGUCUAUUGAAUUGGAUACGCCUUUCCAGAAAAAUCGACAUCUUCGAAACGUUGUUGUCUCCAAAAAGGGCGACUCCGCAGUCGACUUUCUAUUAGAAGAACUACAACAUUCUAGCGCUGCCUCCCCGAUGCUCUUCACCGUUUUCACCGUUCUUUUCCUGAUGAUCUACCUUCUUUAA